AUACUGGUCCAAACCCUAAUAGGGGCUCAAUUUCCAUACCGAUUGGAUCCUAGAAAAUCACCCCAAAAUUCUUUUCCCCCUACACAAAAUCCAGAUCUCAAGAAGAAGUAGAUCAGCGUUUUGAUUCUCUCUCACCUAACGGGUCUAGACGGACCUUUCUUUCCCCCAGAUCUCCAUCACCGCGUCAGUUUCAGUGCUUUCUUGCACUAACAGCUUUUUGAACUUUUUUGACGACGUAAUAUUUUGUCUCCGAGUUGGUGGCUGAAUCGACAGUGUUUAAAAUACUUUUGGUCGUCGAUGUUUGAUUUGGUUCUGUGGUGGAGAAGAUCUAGAAAUCUUUGUGAUUUUCGGUAGCAAUAAGCCAUGAAUUUCUGAUUUUUAGCAUGUUUUGAGGCUUGAGACUGAGUUCUAGAACUGGAUCUAUCGAGUCAAGUUUAGAGAGAAAAAAAAUCGAAAGUAGCGUAGUUGAAAGACUGAGGAUUGUGAAUUUAACGAUCUUGUUAUGGAGACGCUUAUGGUAGUGGCUGAGCACAGGAAUCAGUAUUGCAGUCGGGUUAAGUCACAAGGGCCCGGGCGAUUUUGGUCGUCGCCGUCGAGAGACUUUCAAGGGAUCAAUUGCCGGAGUUUCCAAUCCGCGGCGGGGAUACUGCCAUCCCCAUUGAAGGCUGACACUACUCCUGUAUCCAAACGGGCAUGUUCUUCUCCCAAAACACCUUCACCAUGUGUUGGUUCUGCCUCUGAGAGCAAAACACUGAGCAGAACAACUGCAAAAAGCGCUCCCAUUGCUAUCGAUUUCAAAGGUCCUAACAGGAGGAAGUAUUUCAGUGAUGAGGUCUGUGAUGAGGGUUUGUCGUUUUCUGAGCUCUGGGCUGGACCUGCCUACUCAAACUCACCACCCCCGAGUUCUUUGCCGAUUCCAAAAUUUUCAGUCCGACCAAAAAGAACUGUGUCACUUGAGUUGCCUGGUUUGGGUCCUGAUGUUGAAAUGCACCCAAUUGCUAAGUCAGCACCUGCAUCCCCAACUAGAGGGCAUAGCCCUUUUACAAAAGAUAUUUUCCAGAGUGCCGACUCCGCGACUGAGACACUGCGUCGCAUUCUCAAUCUCGACAUUUGUGAUGACUGAAGGGAUGGGGGCAACAGGCUCCUGUAAAUAAGUUUUCUAGGUCAGCUUUAGGUUGUAUACAGUAUAUAGAGGGAAUAAAUCAAUCUUUAGUGUGUCAUUUCUUGAGUUAUUUAGCUUUAAGUAGUCGUGCUAGAAGAAAAUGGCUGUGGUUCUGGUGGUCAACGAUCUCAGGAGUUGUACCUGGAAUCGGGGGAUGUGGGGUUGGUCUGAGGCGGUGGUUGUUUGUUUGACAAGAUGGGCUUGGUAUGUGUAAAGGAAAUUUGCAAUGUGGAUAGAUGUGACCCAAAAACUUAUUGAAGCGGAGGAGGUACUGUAGAAAGGAUGAUGCUGCUGAAGUGAAUGGUUGGCAUUCUAGCAAGGAUGGAACAACCUGACUUUUUCUAUCUAUUGAAGCUGAAGGAAACCUUCUUCUAAUUGAACCUUGAACUUUACCAUAUUAACACCUUAAUAUUCUCUCUGAAACAUUGGUUAGUUUCACUGACAUGUUUUAGAUAAAGUUCUAGGAUUUUAGUUCCAGUCACUAUGUAUAUUCUUUAAAUUGAUGCAUCCUCUGCUAAUUACACACAAAACUCUGUAGGUUUCUUUUCCUCUCUUGUACCUAAUUCCGUUCCUUUUUUUCAAAUUUGGCCUUUUUCUUAUAAAUAUCCUGACCUUGCUUACUGCUUAGUCUUUUUUUUUUUCCUUCUUCUUCUAGAUAAUCCGUUUUUAUUUUGCUCUUUUGCUUCUCUGUCUUGCCUGAAUUGGCGUUUCCUGAUCAACCUUCAAUACUCGACUUGAUUUUCUUCUCUUUAUUUCCCAACAAUCUGACUCCCGUUUGCUUCAUUCUUCGAGGGUGUCUUUCCCGUUCACCAUCUUUUCUGGUUUUUGAGAAAGAAAAGUGGGAACGGAUUAAUGUUUGCUUCUUCUGCUUCCUCAGUUUGUAUGGUCAAUCCAUGUUUUUCUUUAUCCUCUUUGUUCAUUUAGGAGCCCCUAUUUCUUGUCUAUGCAAAGUAGGUAACACUACUUUCCUCAUAUUCCUCGUAAGGGCAUACUAUUGUAUGGAGAUCGUUGACUGUACCGAGCCAUUUACAAGUAAUGAAACAGGGUGCCAGGAAGAAGUCCUUGAGGAGGCUGCGUUUCAUAGGACAUGUUCAAAGCGGUUUCAUACUGUAAUUCCUGGGAGGAGCCAAGUUCUUUUCCCGUGUGCCGUCACUUGCGCUUGAGCAUGUAUCUAUGUAUUGCUGUUUUGUUGGUGUACCUGGUGUUCAAUCGAUCUAGCAGAGUUAGUUUAGUAGAGUCAAUUGUUUAUCAAGAAUUAGUAUGAACUCUUUUAGAAGUAAAGACUGUCGUCUCUUAGAUCUGAACCUUGAUUAUAGAUUUGGUACUUCUAGUAUUAGUCUCGAUGUUUUCAGCUUUACUACUAAUAUAAUGUUGUCGUUGUUUCCCUUAAAUGGCCCUUGUUGUCAAUCAUGGCGGCAUUACCUAUGUUAGACCUUUUUUUCUUUU